AUGUGCUUUCGACCCGUUGACGAUAGCUCCGGGAAUCCGCCUUGGUACGCGCCACCCUUCCCUGAUGGUACUUGGAAUAUUGGGGGCGUGCCCGAACGUCUAUCGAGCCACCCAGAAAUUCAGAAGCGGGGAAUGCACCUGAGCCACGCCCUCAAACCAGGAACGGUAUUCGUCACGCUGGUAGCCCCAGCCCCAGCGCUUCUGGGUCAACACGUAGUCAAGAUUCUCAAUACCGCUGGAGAGGAGAUGGCUAUCUACGAGCGACUUCUACGCGAACUCCAUCGACCAAACAAUCAUACUCUCCCAUGCGAGAUUACGCGCACCGACCACCCGCUGCUCAUCAUGCCGCGUAUUGACGAUGUAAUGGAAAUCUACAGACGCAAGUGGACUCCGCAGAAUCUCAUGGACGUCAUUUUUCAAGUCGUAGAGGGAAUUGAAUUCCUCCAUAGUAUGCACAUCGCGCAUCUGGACGUGCAUAUGGAAAAUCUGUUAGGGGGUUCCGAUUGGGCUGUCCCCGACCACAACGAGCUCGUCGAGAACAGGGUAUAUAUCAUCGACUUCGACACCUCGCGACAAUUCACUCUCGGACCUGGCGUUCAAACGGCCAUCACCCUCUCUGCCACGGUUCAAGUCCCGCCAAAUGGUAUGACGCGGUUCGACCCAUAUUCGUGGGACAUCUACUGCGUGGGGCGUACGCUGGAGUACAUUGUGGGGGUCAUGGAACGAAGAACCAAGGUGCCGCCUCAUUGGAUCGCCAUGAAGUACAUCCAGUGGCUCAUUGGCAACGAACGGGGCUGCGCUGGCGUAUGUCGCUGCCGUCCGACCGCGCGUACCGCGCUGCGAGUCAUAGUCGUUCUCCAGUGGGCGGUCUAUGCUGCGGAGGGCUACCGCUGGGUGGCUGAGACACUGGCACGUCUGUGGACGACUCAGAACUGA